CGUGCCUCCUGUGCAAGUGGAUGGAAAAAAAUAGCAGCUGCAAGAAAAAUGGCUACAAACACCGCACCGCUAAAAGGUGUUUAAAACCUUGUUCUCGAGCCUUUUGAGCCAGACCUUACUUUGAAGAAGUUACACUCAUGGCACCUUUGAGUUGACACAAUGGCCCAGAUAUCUAGUGGUAAUGGGUUCAAUUUGGAUGUCCCCCAGUCCAAGGGGGUUGUGGGUAAAGAGGAAGCCCUCCGCAUGGAGGAAGAGGCUUUAGCAAAAUUGCAGAGGGAGAAGAAACACACUUCAGCCUCAACGUCCUCAUCUUCCUCUGUAUCAUCCUCAUCCUCCUCAAAACCAAAAUCAUCUACAUAUACCACUACUGCUCCUCGACCUUCGCCCUCUACUAGUAAACCAGAAAAGGACCUCAUCGUCUUCCCGGAGACCAAGAAACAGGCUGAGAAGGACAAGUUCAGGGAUAUCGAUGUGGAAAAACUAACCAAUGAGGAACUUGAAAAGCUCCUACUGGACGAUAACUUUGGGGCCAACAGUAAAGCGUCCCGCCCUUCCUCGUUGCUGGGGUUUGACCUCAGUGCCUCCUACCCUGGUGGUCAUGUCUGUAGUCCUUCACCCUUCCAGAGUAGCCGGUGGACACCUGUUCUGUCCACCCCUUCUAGUUCCAGUGUGUCCACUCCCACCCAUCAGCCCGCUCCCAUGUUCCCCUCUGCUCCCUUCCCCAAACCAGGCACCUUUCAAAACGGCUUCACCCCAGCCAUACCACCUUUCAUGGCCUUGCCAUCCCAGCAGCCUUCUUUCAUGGCCUUUACUCCAAUCCAGACUGCUGCUCCCAUGGUCUACCAGCCGCCUGCUGUCGACCCGGAGAUGGUCAAACUCUUUGAUAAGAUUGCCAGCACCUCAGAAUAUGUGAAGAAUGGCAGGUCAGCUAGUACUGAAAUGGAUUCGGCACCUGCCAGCACAGUUUCUCUGGCACCUAACCCUCCACCCCAGCAGCCAGCAGAAGCUUCUGGCAUCAGUCGCUUUGAAUGGCUUGAUCUGGACCCGCUUACCAAGCGCAAAGCUGAGAAUGAGGAAGCUUCCCUGCCAUCAGCGGAAGCUGUGACAGAAGCAGUAGUAUCUGCAGGGGACCCUUGGGAGGCAGUGCUUGAGACUGAAGGGAAUAGUGGUAGCAGUAGCCCCCCAUCAGAGGUGAAAGCAUCAUUGUCAGUCCGCUCCCAGCCCAGGAGGGCGUCAGCGGGGGCGGCUGUCACUAGAAGCCAUUCUCUCAACAUCCCAGGAACCUCCUCCCAGCACAAACCAAACAAUCAGGAUAAGGGAAAAGGAAGAGGUGUGACAAAGCGUGCCGCCCUGGAGGAUGAAGAAGCACAGAACCUGGAAGUUGUCACCUUCUGUGAAGACGUAGCGACCCUGCGCUCCAGGUUCCCUCACGAUGAUGUGUCCACCAACCCCGGCUAUGUCCUCAGCCCCGUCAUUGCUCAGAAGGACGGCGGAGGUGACAGUGGCUUCACUGUCAAGGUUUCCAUUGAGAUAUCCGAAUCUCAGCAGCCCGUAACCUUUACCUGUGAUGUGAGUUCUCCGGUUGAGUUGUUGAUCAGUCAGACUCUCUGCUGGAUCCAUGAUGACCUGGACCAGGUCGACUUCUCCAGCUACCUGCUCAAGGUCUGUGGCCAGGAGGAGGUGCUGCAGAAUAAACACAGCCUGGGCAGCCACGAGUACGUCCAGAACUGCAGGAAGUGGGAGAGUGAGAUCAGAUUACAGCUACUCUCUCACUCCACCAUGAGAAGGGACUUGGCACGUGUUGCGGAAGAUGACAGCUCUGCGAUAGACUUGGAGAAGCAUCUGGGCCAGGUGGAGAGGCCCUUUAAGGAGAACAUCACCAGACAAGGCCUGGCUGACCAUCUGGAAGGCUAUCACAAUCAAGUCAACAUCUGCCUACAGAAUGAGAGUACCCAGUAUAAGACGGUGGACAGGGUGGUGCAGACAGUGAAGAACCUGUGCUGUGCUCUGGAUGAGGUGGAGACACAAGCCAUCACAGACGCUGUCAAGAGGCUCAGACGCUCCGUCAACCUGCCCAGGACGCGCUCACCUGAGAUUGGGUCCAGAUCAUCUGGAGGAAAAUCAAAUGGUCAUGCCAGUCCUGUGGAGGAGUGCAUUACCCUGCUGACAGAGGCAGUCUAUGACUUAGCCAAGCUCUACCUUCGGUCCUUCUGCCCUGCCUCCUCCUCCUUCAGUUCCACUCCUUCAGCCCAGGGUGCAGACAAUGAGGCCACGGAGGGGAGGGGCAGCAGGGAGGCAUCAGGCACCACAGACCACCUCCAGUUCACCCUCUUCUCCAUGCAUGGCAUCCCAGCCAACUGGGUCAGCAGUUAUGAGAAGUACUACCUGAUGUGUGCCCUCACCCACAAUGGCAAAAACCUGUUUAAACCAGUCCAGUCCAAGAAAGUGGGCACUUACAAAAGUUUUUUCUACCACAUCAAAUGGGAUGAGCUGAUCAACUUUCCCAUAGCAGUAGCUCUGCUCCCGCUGGAGUCUAUACUGAGUCUGUCUCUCUUCGGGGUGCUCAAUCAGAACGCCAGCGGCUCCCCAGACUCCAACAAACAGAGGAAAGCUGUAGAGCUGCUGGGCAAAGUCUCUAUGCCGCUCUUUGACUUCAGAAGGGUGCUAGCCAGAGGCAGCAGGCUGCUGUGUCUGUGGACGUCUCCCCAGGGUGCUGCUGCUGCCGCUGGCUCUGCAGGGGGCCGCAGGAGGGCGCUGGCAGAGAGAAUCGUACUUCAGGUGGACUUCCCCACCCCAGCAGUGGAUGUGCUAUACGUGGGGCCCAAGGAGGCCCCCAGCCCAGAGCCCCUCACUCUGGAAGAGCUGGACCCAGACCUCCGACGCAAACUGGAGAAAGUCUGUGGCCGAGCUUCCACCUUUGGGCUGAAGCGGGCUGAUCACCAGCUCCUAUGGGACCAGCGGCAGUACUGUCGGAGGGACCACCCCAGCAGCCUCCCCAAGGUGCUGGCCAGUGCGCCCAGCUGGGACUGGGCCAGCAUGGCUCACAUCCACUCCCUGCUGCACCACUGGCCCCCACUGGCCCCCGUCACUGCCCUGGAGCUGCUCGACUCCAAGUUCGCUGAUACAGAAGUGAGAAGUGUGGCUGUUAGUUGGAUUGAGAAGAGUACUGACGAUGAGCUGGCUGACUACCUGCCACAGCUUGUACAGGCGUUGAAGUUUGAGUGUCAUCUAAAGAAUUCCCUCGUCAUGUUCCUGCUGUCCAGAGCACAAGGCAACAUCUACAUCGCCCACCAACUCUACUGGCUGCUGAAGGAUGCGGUGCAGGACCCUGCCUGGGGGAGGCGCUACGAGCGGGUGCUGGGAGCCCUGCUGUGUUUAUGCGGGGGGCGGCUGAGGGCGGAGCUAGAGAAACAGACCCACCUGGUCACCCUGCUGGGAUCCGUGGCUGAGAGGGUGCGACAGGCUGGAGGGUCCACACGACAGGUGGCACUACAGGAGAGUCUUGAAAAUGUCCAGAACUUCUUCCAUAGGAACAGCUGCCGACUGCCGCUCAGCCCCAGUCUGGUAGCCAAGGAGCUAAACAUCAAGGCCUGCUCCUUCUUCAACUCCAAUGCAGUUCCCCUAAAGCUGGCUCUGGUCAACGCUGACCCACUCGGAGAAGAGAUUAAUGUCAUGUUCAAGGUGGGAGAGGACUUGAGGCAGGACAUGCUAGCUCUUCAAAUGAUUCGUAUCAUGGACCGCAUCUGGCUGCAAGAGGGGCUAGACCUCCGCAUCGUCAACUUCAAGUGCAUCUCCACUGGCAAGGAUAAAGGCAUGGUGGAGCUGGUGCCGUCCUCCGACACUCUGAGAAAGAUCCAGGUGGAAUACGGCGUCACCGGAUCCUUUAAGGACAAACCGCUGGCUGAAUGGCUCCGCAAAUACAAUCCUGCUGAGGAUGAGUAUGAGAAGGCAUCAGAGAACUUCAUCUAUUCAUGUGCGGGAUGCUGUGUGGCGACCUAUGUACUGGGCAUCUGCGAUCGCCAUAACGACAACAUCAUGCUGCGCUCCACCGGUCACAUGUUCCACAUCGACUUUGGCAAGUUCCUGGGUCACGCCCAGAUGUUCGGCAGCUUCAAAAGGGACCGUGCUCCGUUCGUCCUGACCUCCGACAUGGCAUAUGUUAUCAAUGGGGGGGAGCGUCCCACCAGCCGCUUCCAGCUGUUCGUGGACUUGUGUUCCCAGGCCUACAACCUGAUCCGCAAACACUCCGGACUCUUCCUCAACCUGCUGUCACUGAUGACAUCAUCAGGCCUCCCAGAGCUGACCGGCUCCCAGGAUCUGAAGUACGUGUACGACGCCCUGCAGCCCCACAACACUGACGCCGAGGCCACCAUCUUCUUCACCAGGCUGAUAGAGUCCAGUCUGGGCAGCGUGGCCACCAAGUUCAACUUCUUCAUCCACAACCUGGCCCAGCUACGAUUCACUGGUCUGCCGGCCAACGACGAGCCCAUCCUGUCCUUCUCCCCCAAGACCUACACCCUGAAACAGGAGGGGCGCAUCAUCCAUGCCUCCAUCUUCUCCUUCCAGAAGAGAUACAAUCCCGACAAGCAUUAUACUUAUGUGGUGAGGAUCCUGAGGGAGGGGCAGAACGAGCCUCAGUUCGUCUUCCGCACAUUUGACGAGUUUCAGGAGCUGCACAACAAACUCACCAUUCUCUUCCCGCUCUGGAAGCUGCCGAGUUUCCCUAACAAGAUGGUGCUCGGUCGCACCCACAUCAAAGACGUGGCGGCCAAGAGGAAGGUCGAACUCAACAACUACGUCCACAACCUGAUGAGGAGCUCCACAGAGGUCACACAGUGUGAUCUCAUCUAUACCUUCUUCCAUCCAAUCGCACGGGACGACAAGACAGAGGGCUUAGAUGCCACGCCCAAAGUGUCAGAUCCUCCACCACUGAGUCCUGCUUCUGGUCGGGUGGAAGGGGAGGUGAAGCUGUCAGUGUCCUACAGGAACAGCACACUCUUCAUCAUGGUCAUGCACAUCAGAGACCUGGUCUCUGAAGAUGGAACAGAUCCUAAUCCGUAUGUGAAAACCUACCUGCUCCCAGAUCCACACAAGACUUCCAAACGCAAGACAAAGAUCUCGAGGAAAACCAGGAAUCCCACUUUCAAUGAGAUGCUGGUGUACAGCGGCUACAGCAAAGAAACCCUGGGCCUGCGGGAGCUGCAACUGAGCGUGCUCAGUGCCGAGUCGCUGCGCGAGAACUACUACCUGGGCGGUAUCACGCUCAGACUCAAAGACUUUGACCUCAGCAAGGAGACAGUCAAGUGGUACAAACUUACGGCUGUCCCCUACUUUUAGAAACCCCCUUACCCUCCAAAAAAAACAACAAAACAAAACAAAAAAACAAACAAACAAACAAACAAACAAAAACUGUACCCGGGAACAAUUCUGCCUCUUGCCUCUCCAGAAAUAUGCUGCAUUCACAUCAUAUGGGAAAGACAGUGGUGCUUUCACAUCGUAUUUACUACUUGGGAACCUGGGUUUGGCAAUGGACCUUGACUUCUCCAACUUCCUGAAAUCUAAACCCCUCAAGUCAACAAAGAAGAGUCUGACGUAUGGAAAGCAAAGUUUUUAUUUCAAAUAAAGAAACCAAACAGAUGAUUUACAGUAUAAAUCGUUUUGUGAGAACAACUUUUAAAAUGCCACCAUAGCACCUUACUACUGUGGGUUUUUUGUUUGGUGUGGAUAUUCUGAUGGUUUGUUUGCUGAAAAACAUGACCUCAGACGCAUCACUUGCUAAGUGCAUGUGUGUUGUGUUAAACGGGAACGACCGAAGUCUACAGAAAACUUCCAUCGUGGCACUUAAACAGCUUUAGACAAGUUGAAACAUUUCGAUCCACUGCUUUUAACUGUCAGUGCAGUCCCAUAUGACAUGAAUGCAGAGUAAAUGCUCUAGAUACACCCUGAAGGGGCAACAGGGUUGGCUGUUACCACAUCCUCAAAGGGGAGCCUCCAAACUCCAUCACCUCACUCCAACCCCCACCCUUCUCUCCCUCUCUCACUAAUCAAGAUUGUUCUGUGACAAGCAAUCUCCACUUAUUUUGUCUCCUUUUCCUAAACUAUAACAGAGAGCUGUAAUGUUUUGUACAUUUUGACAUUAGAGGACCAAAAGCGGCUUACUUUCUGAAGAGUAUAUAUAGAUCGACACAUUUAUUUUUUAAGGAAUAGAAGGGGGCUCAUUUUUACAUUUUCUUUUUUUUCUACAUAGAUAAAUAGGAGGCAUCAGGGUUUCAGAGAUUUCUGGGUAGAGUAGUUUAGCGAACCAGUUUCCAGGAAAUACAGUGACCUUAUGAUUCCCCAGGUAUGUGCCAAAAGAAGUGAGAGAGAGAGACGGCAAAUCAAACCACUCUUCUGAUUGGGGAUCUGAACUGGGUGCCUUUGUUUGUGCUCACAAUCUCUUUUUAAUCUCUCCACUUGGCCUUAUUGCAGUAUAUAUUUUAUUAACAUUGUGACAUUUCCCUAUUGAAGAAAAAAAGAGAAAUCUUUGUAAAGCUAUGUCCAUAGUUCUUCCAGAGCGAGUUGGCAGCCAGACCGGCAUCGCGAGGUCUUUUGGAAUAGUGGACUGCUACUAAGUGCACACUACCAGGUCUUUAGCUCAUGGUUUUACUUGACUCCUUUCACACAGCACACCUUAAGGGGAAUUUAUAUCAUAAGCUUUGGAACUUGCUCUUGUCGGCGCUCCGGACGCAGAAGUCGCUGUUGCCCGACAACACUGAUUGUAGGUUAGUUCAGUGUUUCCUUCAGGUGGUUUAAAACCACAAUUUGGACUUGAUCAAACUGUAGCUUAGGAACUGUAAUACUGGAGUUUGGACAUGAAGUUUGUUUCAGCUCAGGCAGCAACACCACAAUCUCAUUCCCAGUGCCUUCUAGUGGCGUAAUGAAGUAAUAAUGCUGUGAUGAGGGACUGAAUAAAUGGUUAGCAACAGAUUAGACUGCCAGUGGGAGUCCAGAUUCAAUCACAUUGUUUGAUUUGUUUUUUUAAGUGACAAAUUGCUUGUGAAAAGUGAGGGAACGUCAGGCCAAUGAACACAGAUCAGCGCUGCAGGGGCAACUUUAAUUUAAACUAGGGGCCAUCUUUACAAAAAGGGAACAAGUCCUGAGCAGGAGAUUAGCUGCUUUUUCCUCCACUUGCUAACUAUAAAUCUAAAGAUGUUUAAUAAAGAAAUUAAGAUGAAUUUAUCUGAUUUUUUUUAAAGAGAGUAUCUACAAAGACAGUUAUGAUCUAAGAGUAUCACUCACUCUAUGAAUAAUAGUGACUUGAUCCACUCUUUUAGUGACUGUAAAAAGCAAACAAGCAGAGUUUGUAUUAACAUGGCCAGUUAUUUAUUCUUAAUUGGUGACCUUUAACCCGAAUGGAUCGGUGUGUACUGUAAUCCCUCUUUCCUAAAGCGAAUUAAAUGUUUUUUGAACAAA